AUGAAAACGAAUUCCACAAAGGAUUUGAUUCCUGCUUCUGACUAUACGCCACCAGAGGGAGAUGAUCCAAUGGCGAAGAGUGGCUAUUUUGAAGGAGAUAUCGUCGAAGAUUUAAUUGGCAGGAAUGCCAUUAGGGAUCGUCGUUCCAUGUGGCCAGAUGGUGUUGUCCCCUACACCAUUUCUCCUUACUUCUCCACCAGGGACAGAAGAGUUAUCGCUGCAGCCUUUCAAGAAUAUGAAAGACAUACGUGUAUUCGAUUUGUUUCAAGAACGAAUGAAUAUGACUAUGUCCACAUCAGUCCAGGCUAUGGUUGCAGCUCUCUAGUCGGCAGGAACAAAGGCGUCCAAACUGUUUCCCUUGGAGACGGCUGUGUUUACGUCGGUGUUGUUAUUCACGAACUGAUGCACGCUGUAGGUUUCUGGCACGAGCAGAGCAGAGCAGACAGAGACGAUUAUGUAGAGGUCCAGUGGAAUAAUAUUCAAGAAGGAAUGGCGUAUAACUUUGCUAAAUACACCUUAAAGAAAAUUCAGCACCUAGACGAGCCUUAUGAUUACGAAUCUGUUAUGCACUACAAUGAAUACGCCUUUGCUAGAAGCCAGUAUCAGCCAACAAUAAGACCUCUCGAAUCUGGAGCUACCAUUGGCCAGAGGCGAGGAUUCAGCCAAACAGACAUAAGGAAAAUUAACAAGUUAUAUAGUUGUGAGACCAGAACAACGAAAACCACAGCUGCUCCAGUGGCACAGUGUGCUGACAACGAUAAAAACUGUGGAAUAUGGGCUGGUCAAGGAGAAUGUAAGAAAAAUCCAGAGUGGAUGCUAGUUAACUGUAAAAUGUCGUGUGAACAAUGCGGAAGCCUAGUAAGUAUCUGUAGAAACCAAAAUACGAAAUGCGAAACGUGGGCAAAAAAAGGACACUGCACCCACUUUGCCAGCUAUAUGGAAGAAUUCUGUCGGAAAGCCUGUCAACUGUGUUAACGGUUUGCACCCACUUUUACAGCUAUAUGGAAGAAUACUGUCGGAAAGCCUGUCAACUGUGUUAACGGUUUGCACCCACUUUUACAGCUAUAUGGAAGAAUUCUGUCGGAAAGUCUGUCAACUGUGUUAACGGCUUGGCAACUACACUGCACCCACUUUUACAGCUAUAUGGAAGAAUACUGUCGGAAAGUCUGUCAACUGUGUUAACGACUUGGCAACUACACUGCACCCACUUUUACAGCUAUAUGGAAGAAUACUGUCGGAAAGUCUGUCAACUGUGUUAACGACUUGGCAACUACACUGCACCCACUUUUACAGCUAUAUGGAAGAAUUCUGUCGGAAAGUCUGUCAAAUGUGUUAACAAUUUUGCACCUAGCUUGACAAAAAGACACAACACCCACUUUGCCAGCCUUAUGGAAUGAAAGACUGGUGUCGGGAAGUCUGUCGUUCAUUUUACCGCACAGUGUGAAACUCAAGUAAUUCUGGUGAAAAAUUACUACAUUUAUCUUUCUAAU